AAAAGAAGAACUCCAAAGAAGAUGACAUUUGCUAUCCACCUCUUCUACCUAGCAAGGUAGAUCUCCGGCAGGUCACCAUAAUUCCACACAAUGAAUGGAAAAGGAUUCAGGACAGCCUCGACAGGUUGACAAGAGAAGCAGCAGCUCUUCGUGCAGAAAGAAAGGCAAAGAAAGAAUUGCAUUUCAAAUCCCAAAAUGUGGUAAAGCACUGGACUAACACAUAUGCAGGGAUGAAAGAACAGAAACUUAAAGCCAAAAAAAAGCGGGAUGAAGAAAUUGAGGCAGAGAGACAAAAUCUUGAUGUGGAAGAAGAAAUAUACAAACAAGGAGAAAGAAAAAAGGCUAUUGAGAAUGCAAAGCAAUAUCAGUUUUACCAAACAGAAAGAGUGAAAAACUUUAAUUCAGGACUUCUUCUCAGUAGAGUUAUGAAAGAGCGAGAUGCCCAGAUUGAAUUCCAGAAGAGUAGGAUAAAAUCAGAUAAGAAAUGGGAGGAUCAAUUGAAAGUCAACAUUGCAAAGGCUUUCAAAGAAGAGCAAGAAAAAGCAGAAAAACGACACAGAGAGAGAAUAGCUCUUGCCAAAGAUCAUCUGAAACA